CGGGCACAUUUAGAAGAAUAAGAGAUUAUGUAAAUAAACCAUUUUUUAAUCAAAAAUUUCAAUAAAAAUCGAAUUACAAUGGAAGAUGGUGAUGAACUUAUUACAAGUUCGAAUUUAAGUUGCAAAGUAUGUGGAGAGCGCCAAUUCACCUUACGUGAAGGUUACUAUUAUUGCCAGGAAUGUGGCACAAAGCAGGAGCAAGUGCGCGCCGUACAAGUGGAACGGGAUGCGGAUUUUUUGGAGGCCAAGCUCUUUAAAAAGCAAAAAAUUAAAAUUGCAAAAGCAGAGAAACCAAAUCUCACAUCAUGGGAAUGUUAUAACUAUAUACUUCGUGGUCUUGUUAAUGAUCUUUUAUCAUUUGGUGCUAAAGAGGAUUUAAAAUUAAUGUCACUUCAGCUGUGGGCGGCUUAUUUGCGACGCAUGGAAGUAGCAUUUUUCAACAAAAAACGCGUUGAAUUACCCAGAUUGGGUUUGCGAUUUCUACAAAGAGAUGCAUCUGCCGUGUACAACCAUGCACUUCAGCGACGAGCUGGAAAGCGUAAACGGCGUCAAACUGACGACUCGCGCGCAUCUGUUGUAAGCAGUGAAACAGUAAGCACUCGCCAAUUUCGUAAAAACCGGCGAAAAUUGGAUGAAUCCUCAUACAGCUUACAUUCAUCUAUGAACUCGACGGAUGUCUCACAAACUACCUUUUCUUCGGCGAAUACCUCUAGCACAGGUACCACUGGCCGCGCCAUUAAAUUGCAGUUUUCAGCACGUGCCCGGAAGCAUCUGAAAAAAGUUAUGCCUGUAAAACAUAUAGAAAAGCAUGCCUUGGACGCUGAAGGUAGCUUAAAGUGCCACCGCCUGAAACCGCUGGCAAGAUCGAUAAGUCGCACUGAGCACGCUUUGCUGACGAUGAAUGUUCGACAAAUUUAUACUAUAUUAGGCAUAGCGCUUAACUUGAUCGGCGAUGAUAUACAGUUGAGCGAUUUGGUUCGGUUGAUAGAUGAGGAUCAUGUAAGCAGCAAGGAUGUCAUACAGUACUUUCCAGAAAACAUUGCACCGUAUUGCAAAGAGAUGUUGCAUGAAAUACAAUUUUACAUAUACCCUACGAAAUAUAGCGAUAAGGUACUGCGAGAACACAUUGGAUUGCUCUCAAAGUUCCUAAAUAUACGCGAAUUUGUUCAGCCGAAAAUGAUAAAACUUGCCGAACGCUAUGUAACUGAGCUAAAUCUACCUCCAGACGUGACAGCAUAUGUAGAGCACCUCAUAAAUUUGCUGCCCCCACAAAUGCGCACACGUACUAGCCACGAGUAUCCCGCCUAUGAGGCACGCACUAUGGCAUACAUAAUAUUCGUGCUGAAGUUAUCAUUCGGACUUGAUGGCCACACCGAGAAACUGAUAUCGCGCGCCGCCACUACAAUAAAUCAAUGCUUGCAAAAACUAUCAGAAGAGGGGCGCUGCAUAAAUAGCCAACUGACACCGCCAUCGUUACUUUUUGUUUGGGAGGACUGGGUUAAUUUUGUGGAAAUGCGCAAAGUUAUAGUGUCACAUUACAACUCAAACUUUUGUCGUCAAUUCAAGCAGUGUCAAAGCACGUCCCAACUAUUGGAAGAAGUAGAGGAGGUCCGGCGCACUCAGUUAGAAGAGGCAGCGCAUAAGGCGGAUGAUGCUACGAAGGAAAACACAUCGAAAAUAGCAAACAUGAAUCGAGUUUUCCAGCAAUUUGUAGAUGAAUAUACACAGUCAGCAGAGCCUGUUGAGUCUAUAAACUUUCCACCCAGUUUAACACCGGCGCAUUCCUACUUUAAACGUAUACUACUACACUGCUCCAAUGCUGGAACCAGCGCGACCUUUAAAAUACCAGAAUUUAUGCGUAUCGAUCAUAUGCAACGCACAUUGGCUCCAUACACGCACAGCAAGGAACUAAAGGAUUACUUCAAGCAGCACAAUUGGGUAUUAAACGUAAGGCGUAUACCAUGCACAGGUGAACGCAACAAGGUGGGCGUAUUUCGACCAGCAAACGAGAAAAGAGAGAGGGUUGAAAAUGAAAUGUACACCAAAAAAAUCGACUUUGACAUAAGCGAGGAAGAAUGGCGCACUUCUAAAGAAGUUGAGGAACUUAUUGAAGAGCUGGAAUUUAAGACAGAGUACGAUAGGUACGAGAAGAAUUAUGUGAAAAAGUUACAGGCAGACGCCUUAAAGCGGCAACAAGCUAUCUAUGCAGGACCUUCAUGUGAGCCGGAUGACAAAGAGCCUGAUGGCGAAAGAGACACAAAUAAAAGCCAAGUAUCUCGCAUUGUUGAAACUGAUGAAGAGGAUUCAUUGUCACCAGCUCCUGAAAGGACUCUUACAAUUAAUGAAGAAAUCAAUGUACGCUCGAUGCAUUCAAUAAAUGCUUUCAGUGAGUGCGAUAUGGAACCGAUUAAAAGCUGUGAUUCACCGAUCGUCCUGAAUCCACGUAGGGGACUAAAUAAUGUGCGGCUAUUUGCUGACCUCAGCGACGAUGAAGCAAACGAUGAAAUUUUAGGGGAUGACGAUAGUAACGAUAUAAGUAAUAUUGAGGAACGUAGUUGUACUUUAUUGACAUCAAAUAUGGAUUGUUGGACGUUGUUGGGUUAUUCGCACAAUCUAACUGUUUGCCAGAAAAAACUAUUAGAAAGUAAAUUCCCUCGUUCAUUCUUUUGGCUACUGGAAACCUGCGCACAGUCUAUUAAUGUCGACUGGUGUGUAAUCUACGAGGAGCUUUUAACCAUAGAGCUAAUGUUUGCGUACGGUGUUGAAGAUUUAAAUGAUUUUAAAGACUAUAUUCGCUUUAAGUACAAUAAUCCGAUUAAAGAUUUUAAUAUGUUAAUAAAUACGUACAGAGAACUAUGGUGAAUGAAACUAGAGUAUGUAAUAGUUCGUAUAUUCGGCUAUCUGAAUAUCAGUUCAGAUAUUCGUAUAUCCGGUUAGUAUCCGUUCAUUUUGUUAUCCGCUUCAUUUAGUUAUAAGGAUAUUCCAAACAGUAUUUGAACGGAUUC